AUGCUAUGUUCUCAAGCCUGGUUUCGAUACUCAAUUCUGGUCCGCCGUCGUCGGCCAUAUAGAACCUCCGUCCACCACUUCUGUUCACCGCCACGGCCAACAACCAUGGGCAAGGCUUCCAAUUCAGAGCCCAAGUCCAGCCCAGCCUACUCCAAGGACGAAGCCUAUCUCCAAACCGUCAUCCCCAAACGCAUCGCCCUCUUCGAAUCCAUCAAAUCCCAUCAACUCUCCCAUCUGCAAUCCCUGUCACAUGAUGCGAUCAAGAUUACUUUACCGGAUGGGACGGUGAAGGAAGGAAAGAAGUGGAUAUCAACUCCGUUUGAUAUAGCGAAGGAGAUAUCGAAGAGUUUGGCGACGAAUGCUUUGAUUUCUUCGGUGAAUGGAGUACUCUGGGACAUGUGGAGGCCUUUGGAAAGCGACAGUGAGCUCAAAUUGUUCACGUUUGAUAGUGAUGAGGGCCGCGAUACCUUUUGGCACUCAAGUGCCCACAUUCUUGGGCAGUCAGUUGAGGUGACUUACGGAUGCAAAUUGUGCAUUGGGCCGUGCACUACAAGGGGGGAGGGUUUUUAUUAUGAUGCAUUUUAUGGUGAACUGGGCUUAAAUGAGGAUCACUUUGAACAGAUGGAGUCGGCAGCAAAGAAAGCUGUUGCGGAAAAACAGCCUUUUGAGCGCAUUGAAGUUUCAAGGGAACAGGCUCUUGAGAUGUUUGCUGAAAAUAAAUUCAAGGUUGAGAUUAUUAAUGAAUUACCUGAAGACAAAACUAUCACAGUCUACAGAUGUGGCCCCUUGGUGGAUUUGUGCCGUGGACCUCAUAUACCUAAUACAUCUUUUGUGAAAGCAUUUGCUUGUUUAAAGGCUUCAUCAGCAUAUUGGAGGGGAAAUAAAGACCGUGAAAGCUUACAAAGAGUUUAUGGGAUAUCUUAUCCAGAUCAAAAACGUUUGAAGGAAUAUAUUGCUCUGCUGGAAGAAGCAAAAAAAUAUGAUCACAGAGAAUUGGGUAAGAAGCAGGAGCUUUUCUUUUUCCACCCACUUAGCCCAGGAAGUUGUUUUUUCCUUCCGCAUGGUACUCGAGUUUGCAAUAAGUUGAGAACUUUUAUCCGAAGUCAGUACCGGGAGAGAGGAUACGAAGAGGUUGAGACUCCCAAUAUGUAUAACAUGAAACUGUGGGAAACCUCUGGUCAUGUUGCUAAUUACAAGGAGAAUAUGUUUUUAUUUGAGAUUGAAAAACAAGAGUUUGGACUCAAGCCAAUGAACUGUCCAGGCCAUUGUUUAAUGUUUGAUCAUAAAGUUCGUUCAUACAGAGAACUUCCACUUCGCCUUGCCGAUUUUGGAGUCUUGCAUCGGAAUGAGGCCAGUGGUGCACUUACUGGGUUAACUCGUGUAAGAAGAUUUCAGCAGGAUGAUGCUCAUAUUUUCUGCAGGGAGUCCCAGAUAAAAGAUGAAGUCAAGGGUGUGUUGGAAUUCAUUAAUUACGUUUAUAAUAUAUUUGGGUUCACCUUUGACCUGAAGCUAUCAACGAGGCCAGAGAAAUAUCUUGGAGACUUGGCAACAUGGGAAAAGGCUGAAGCUGCUCUUACGGAAGCGUUGAAUGAGUUUGGGAAGCCAUGGCAGAUUAACGAAGGUGAUGGGGCAUUUUAUGGGCCAAAGAUUGAUAUCAGUGUUUCUGAUGCAAUGAAAAGGAAAUUCCAGUGUGCAACAUUGCAGCUGGACUUCCAACUUCCUGCUCGUUUCGACUUAACUUAUUCAGCAGAAGAUGAAAGUAAGAGGGAGAGACCUGUUAUGAUACACAGAGCCAUACUAGGAUCUGUUGAACGCAUGUUUGCUAUACUUUUGGAGCACUACAAGGGGAAAUGGCCUUUCUGGCUUAGUCCACGUCAGGCAAUUGUUUGCCCUGUGUCUGACAAAUCACAAAAAUAUGCAGAAAAGGUACAGGAACAAAUUUAUAAUGCUGGUUAUCAUGUCGAUAUUGAUGCAACUGAUAGAACAAUGCAGAAAAAGAUACGAGAAGCUCAAGUGGCUCAAUACAACUAUAUUUUGGUUGUUGGUGAGGAAGAAGCCAACACUGGACAGGUAAGUGUACGUGUCAGAGACCAGACAAAUCAUUCAGUUAUGAGCAUUGAUGACCUGGUUACACACUUCAGCAAAGAAAUUGCUGCUUUUCAUUAGCUGUGAGCUUGUUUUAACAGGUUAGGAUGGUUAAUUAUGGAAUUAAUUUAUUGAACCACAUUGAAUGUGUAUGAUGUCUUUCCGUUCACUUUAUUCUUUUUCUUGAAGACGAUCGAUUAGAUUUUUCGUUUUUUAUUCUAAUGUACAGUCGGGUGAUUUAGCAAUUAGUAUCAAUUUUUUCUCAUCUUUCUUGUGAAUGAGACAUGGUAGUUUUAGCAUGCUUUUAUGAGACAUCGAUUGAUCAGGCUUUACUGGAUUUAUGCACAGAAAACUGUUUUGGGGCAUUCAAAGUUGAUGCUAGAUGUCCAGGAAACUUGUGUGACAGUAAGAGUGCUGGGUACUUUAGGCUAUUUUGACCCACCACCGGUAAUCAUCGGUAUAAAUCUUUCUUAGUAGAUGGAACAACUUUGACACGUACUGUCUCACCAGGUAUUGGAUAAGCAGUCAAAGAAGCUACUGCUACAGUAACUUAAAUAAACAUGUUUUGUUUCAAUUCAAUGCAUCCAGGGAAGAGAAAUAGGAUCCUUGCAAAAUGAUGUUUGUGAAUUCUGAGGAGUUGUACUUGAUCUUUUGACCGUAAGGAGAGCUGUGGACCUCAAUCAAAGAGAUUUCGAUAUAUCAUUGAAGGAAGAAAUAUUUCUUUACCGAUUGUAAUGAUAUUAUUAAAAUUAUAUAUGUUUUUUUAUUGCUUGCACCUAACAGGAGGAGGAGAGAUCCUUAAUUACUGAUAUCGAGAAAGCAAGGACACUGUGGACAUGUUUGGUUCAUGGGUUUUAUAGAGUAGAUUUUGUCAAAAUAAUUCAAUACAUUAUCUUAUUUUUUGUUUGUUUGCAGAAUUCAAGUCCAGGAUUUGAAUCCCAGGCCCGCAAGUAAAACCCAACAAAUCCAUGAGGUGGAUGGGUUUAAGCAAUUUCUAGCAAAUAUAUUUAUUAAUUUGUGGGUCUCAUGUAUAUUUCUGUCAUUUACUAAACAUGGGAUUAGAUAUGGUACACUGAUUGUUCAAUCCCAUGAACAAAACUUAAAAGAGUUGAGUUUGGAAGUGUUUCAUAAAUCCAAUUCAAUUCCUAUCUUUAAAAUCAUCAAAACAACCCCCAUGA